AUGGAUGCAACUACAAAGUUUUCUAGUAAUGUGACAUUGAUAAACGUUACAGAACAGGAAACGUUCAACGCAACGUCAUCAAACGUUUCCGGAUGGGAGCCUUACUCUAUAGUCAGUUACUAUAGAGACACACAAGUGCUGCUCUGGAGGGUGAUUCCGCCGAUUCUUGUUUCCAUUGGAACGAUCGGAAACGCUCUGACUUUUAUCGUGCUGCUUCGUCAGAAGAAGAUGACGUCAACGGCGGUGUUCAUGUUUGCUCUGGCGCUUUCAGAUGCGCUCAUUUUUUGCAGCGCACCUCUGCCAGACUGGGUGUCUUUUACCUGGGACAUUGACGUCUGGUCGCUAAGUAGCCCCGGGUGUAAAGCGCUAAACUACCUUGCCUACUUCAGCAUCCACCUCUCAUCGUGGCUGAUCGUGGUCGUCACGUUCGUGAGAACAGCUUGCGUGCUGUUCCCGCAUAAAGUGAGACUGUGCUGUUCCGUACACAACGCUGGUAUGAUCAUCAUCUCCAGUGUGCUAGACGUGUUCGGAAUAAAUAUAAUAGUACUCGUGAUAUUGGAUGUGAAUGAAUACACGGGCUGGACGUGCAAACCGUCCACGAAGGAGUAUCAAGACUAA